GCCAGGGAGGGGAGAGGGAAACAGGAAAGCCUUUACAGGAAACAUUUGCAAUUCCCACACAGCAAGACAUCUAAGCACUGACAGUCAUGGACCUGACAGGUAACACUGGAAGAAAUUCUGGAGUAGGUGGGUGAACAUCUCUAUUUUGCUCUCAGGCCUUCAAGUUAGUUCUGAUGUUGUGUAUGUUAUCUCAGGGCUUUGACCCGGGCAACGGGGUGUUGUUGCUGGUCUCAAGAGAUACCACGGGUCUUCUGGCUGCUCCCCCAAUACCCUGAAGAGGGAUCCGGUGUACUUUCUGAACUCUGUGGCUUCUUCCUUCCUGAGAGUCCUUUUGGUUUUCCUAUCAGAAUAAAAGUGGCUCUGGAGCUCCUGUUCCAUCCCCCAGUGACGCAGCACCCCCCGCAGAUCCCGCCCCAUCCUCUGGGCCGACCACGGUGCCUGCAGCAGCUACUGCUCCUUUAAGUGAGGAGCCCCCUCCCGAAGAGGCCAUGACCGUUUCUCCUCUGGAAACCACAGUUGGCAUGGGACGCGAAGAUGACGCAGCCUCUACCUUAGUUACUGGCUCAGAAUACGAGACGAUGCUGACAGAAAUCAUGUCGAUGGGCUAUGAGCGAGAACGGGUGGUGGCAGCGCUCCGGGCCAGCUACAACAACCCUCACCGGGCCGUGGAAUACUUGCUAACGGGAAUCCCAGACAGUCCGGAACCAGAGAGCACUCCCCUGCAGGAGAGCCAGUCCCAAGAGCAGUCAGCCCCAGAAGGAGAGAAUCCUCUUGAAUUUCUACGAGACCAGCCCCAGUUCCAGAACAUGCGGCAGGUGAUCCAACAGAACCCGGCUCUGCUCCCUGCUCUGCUCCAGCAGUUAGGCCAAGAAAACCCUCAGCUGCUGCAGCAAAUCAGCCAGCAUCAAGAACAGUUCAUCCAGAUGCUCAACGAACCCUUGGGCGAAAUGGCCGACGUUGCAGACAUAGAAGGAGAGAUGGGCGCCAUUGGGGAAGAAGCGCCUCAGAUGAAUUACAUCCAAGUCACGCCUCAGGAAAAAGAAGCCAUCGAAAGGGUAAAAAUGCUGGGCUGGGAGAGGAGGAGGAGGGGCAGGCCAGGAGAGGAAGGCCCUUCCACUCUCCACUGGGGGCAUGGCACAGCACCGUCUCCUGGCCAGAAGUGGGGCCUGUGGUUUAGGGUGGCCCGAGGAUCAUUUGGAGCGAGGGCUGCAUGGCCUGGCGCUGGACGGCACUGGAGCUGCUUGGGAGGAGGUGGGAUUGGGAUUGUCAGCAGGGCAAGGGAGGCCGUGCUGCAUCUGAAGCGGGGGUCCGCAUCCUCCACACAACGCCUCAGCAGCCAGUCUGUUCCUCACCCGCCCCGGUCACAGAAUCCCCUUGACUGGUCUGGAACUAUAUCACGCAAGUCAGCGGAAUGACGUGGCUAUACUUCUUUGCCGUCUGAGUACUCAGCUGGACAUACCAGGUAGCUCUUGUAGACUCCAGAGGGUUUUUGCCAAGGAGUUAUGUGCUGAUAGAGGAGAACUAGGAAAUGGGGUUAGUUGUCAGGUCUAUGAUUCAUUCAGUGACAGAUUCAGGAUUUCCUCAAUCCAAAGUCCACUGGAGCGAACAU